AUGAUAUCCAAUUCAUGGUCAUUUGCACAAACCUUUAACUUGACUCCCAUAAUAAACCAAUUUGACUCUCUUAAAAUACAAGCGAGACGCUUAUCUUUCAAUAUAAGCUCUAAAGACAAUUUCUAUAUUGAAUAUACGAAUUCGCUCGUAUCCCUACAUACUCUAGAAAAACGCAUAGAAAAUCUAAUCAAACAAAUUGUUCCAACAGUAGGAAAUUCAAAUAGAAUUAAGAGAGGAUUAUUUAAUCCUUUGGGCUCAUUUAUAAAAGUCAUUACUGGAAAUCUAGACCAAAACGCCGAGAAAAUCGACGAGAAAAUUAAACUAUUACAAGAAAAUCAGAAUAAGCUUAAAUCGGACGCAAUCAAUCAAUAUUCUUAUGAUAAAUUGGAAGUAGCUAUAAGUUUUUCCAAACUUAACACCCUACAUAACUCGAUAGUGAACCCAAACGAACUUUUAUCUGAAAUUAAAAAUGUCGAAUCACAUUUGAACCCGGAUAGGUUACCAAUUUCUCCAGAUAUAAAAGAUUUUAAUGUCAUAUUUAUAUUGGAACUCCCACUUGUAGAAGCGGAUGUGUAUCAAUACUUCAAUCUACAUCCAUUACCUAUCCCAACAAACCAUAACCAAACCUUUUUCGUCAACAUCCCACAUAAGCCAUACCUAGCACUUAGUGACGUCAAAUACUCCUAUAUGGACCAACGUUGUGAAGAAAUCUCGCCUGAUGAAUACCUAUGUCAAGAAGCCCGUACUACCUUUAUCGAAAACUACCUUCCAUGCGAAGUACAGCUGAUUGAAUACAGUACAAACAUCACAUCUUGUCAUCCUCUCGAGGUUCAAUUGCACGCACAGCAAAUAACCAAAAUUAUUGAUGGAAAAUGGCUCGUUACAGUUCCUAUUCCACUCAAAAGUUCAACGAACUGUCAAAACCUAAAGGAAACUGUACCCAUCUUCGGAUCCUACCUACUAGAAGUGCUCGUUGAUUGUAAAGCCAAAAUACAAUCAACCACCCUCGAGAGCUUCAAGCCAAGUCGACUCUCUUUUAAAGAAGUCAAUUUACCGAUAUUGGACCUAUCAUUGAUUAACCAUAACCAAUCAAUGCCCUACGACCUAUCUUCAUUGGAUUUGAACAUCAUUAACGUCAAGACAUCCAAAGACAUAAAAGAAAAACUUCAUGAACAAAAGAAGAAACUUGAAGAAAUUACGUGUUUUCAACUUACACGGGAGGAGUUACAUUCUCAUAAACUUAGAGUUCAGCAUUUUGUUACUUUGUUUUCAGAACUAGACCGACCGUUGCAUUUCUUGGGAACCGCUUUGUCAGCAAAGCUUAUAAUUAUAAAUAUUAAUUUUACUUAGGUUUAAG